AUGCACUAUCCGAGAGCGUCCGGCCGGCCCGGCCUGGCUCGGCUUCCCCUGGCCCGGCCCUGGCCCGGCAGCGCGUGCACGUGCAUGGGCAUCCUCUAUGUAAAUCGGCCAGCGUGCCGCGGCGCGCCGAAGGGCGAGAGCGGAGGUAACCGGUUCGGCGACGAGUACUGUUGUCUGAGCGCAGCGUGUGCCCGCAGGGAGCGCAGGGCGAGCCGGGCACCAAGGGCGAGCGCGGCGACCCCGGCCUGCCAGGCACCGACGGAAUCCCCGGACAGGAGGGGCCGAAAGGUGACAAAGGCUACAAGGGAGAACCCGGUCCCGUGGGCAAGCGAGGCCGCAAAGGCGACAAAGGCGACAAGGGCGAUCAAGGAGUGCCCGGACUCGACGCGCCAUGCCCGCUUGGCCCCGAUGGUCUGCCGCUGCCUGGCUGUGGCUGGAGACCCACAAAGGAGUCGGUGCCGCUGUUGCCGCCGCGCGAGGCCUGGGCCGGGGCUAGGUGCGGCCGACGCCGACCACUCCGAGGAGGAGGGUGAUGGAGACACCGCCGACGAGUACGAGGGCCGCGACGACGAGCUCGACGCGCCGCGCGACUACGACGACUACACGGACAACGCGCACCAUGCGCACCACCACGACUAACCCCA